CUCUCCUGGUUGAUCAUUCCUUGUCCUGUAUAUUCCUUCUCAUUCUCUUUGUGUUGUGCUAUGGAGACAGUUACAGCAACCAUGAUGUGUAAAACAGCCUUGCUAUUGUUAGUCUUUGUAGCAACAACUUCAAAUGCCUUGACGAACAAGCAGACUUAUAUAGUUCACAUGGACAAGACCAAGAUAACAACCUCAGACCAAUCUCCAGGCAACUCCAAAGAAUGGUACGAAUCAGUGAUCGACUCUAUCACUGAACUCUCAGCUGAAGAAGAAGAAGAACAUGAGUCUGAAUCAACAUCUCCCCAGCUAAUUUAUGUCUACAAAACUGCUAUUUCUGGUUUUGCUGCAAAGCUCUCCACUAAGCAAUUAGAAUCACUGAAAAGACUCAAUGGUUUCCUGUCUGCCACUCCUGAUGAAAUGUUGACUCUACAUACUACACGUACCCCCCAAUUUCUUGGCCUAGAAUUGGGAAAAGGACUCUGGAGUGCUCCAAAUUUGGAGUCUGACGUGAUAAUAGGCGUGGUGGAUUCUGGAAUCUGGCCAGAACAUGUCAGUUUCCAGGACGAAGGCAUGUCUCCAGUGCCAUCAAGAUGGAAAGGUGCAUGUGAGGAAGGCACAAACUUCUCACAAUCAAAUUGCAAUAAGAAACUUAUUGGUGCCAGAGCCUUCUUCCAAGGCUAUGAGGCUGCUGGUGGCAGAAUCAAUGAAACAAAAGAUUAUCGAUCGGCAAGAGAUGCAGAAGGCCAUGGGACACAUACUGCAUCAACUGCAGCCGGUAACCUUGUUGCAAAUGCAAGCAUUUUUGGCUUGGCCAAGGGCUCAGCGGGUGGGGUGAGAUACACGUCCAGAAUUGCAGUAUAUAAAGUGUGCUGGUCUGUAGGUUGUGUUAGCUCUGAUAUACUAGCAGCCAUAGACCAAGCCAUUCUUGAUGGUGUUGACGUGUUAUCACUCUCUUUAGGAGGUUCUACUAAGCCUUAUCACAGCGAUGAAAUUGCAAUAGGAGCAUUUCAAGCAAUCAAAAAGGGGAUUUUUGUUUCAUGCUCUGGUGGCAAUUCAGGCCCAUCUAGAUCAACUGUUUCCAAUACCGCACCAUGGAUUAUGACUGUGGCGGCAAGCUAUCUUGAUCGGAGCUUUCCAACGACUGUCAAGCUUGGAGACGGGCAAACUUUUGAGGGUCAAUCUCUAUAUGUUGGCAAGGCAACAAAGCAAUUACCGCUUGUUUAUGGAAAAACAGCUGGUGAUAUAACAGCUGUAUUUUGCAUUGAUGGCUCACUCAAGCGUAAACUUGUAAAAGGCAAAAUUGUUGUUUGUCAACGGGGAAUCAAUAGUCGAGCUGAAAAGGGAGAGCAAGUAAAAUUGGCCGGAGGAGCUGGAAUGCUACUGGUAAACACCGAAAAUGAAGGUGAGGAACUUUUUGCAGAUGCACACAUUUUACCAGCCACUACAUUAGGAUCCUUAGCAGGCAAAGCCAUCAAAACAUACCUGAACUCAACUAAAAUUCCAACUGCUUCAGUUACAUUCCAAGGAACAGUGUAUGACAAGCCAGCACCAGUGAUGGCAGCAUUUUCUUCAAGAGGACCAAAUAAGGUUGGACCAGACUUGAUCAAACCUGAUGUAACUGCGCCAGGAAUGAACAUAUUGGCAGCAUGGCCACCCUUGACUAGCCCAACUCAGCUGAAGAGUGACAAAAGGAGUGUUCUGUUCAAUGUAGUUUCAGGCACUUCAAUGUCUUGCCCUCAUGUUAGUGGCAUAGCAGCACUCCUCAAAUCAGUGCACAAAGACUGGUCCCCUGCUGCUAUCAAAUCAGCUCUUAUGACAACAGCUUAUGUUCUAGACAACAAGCACCGGCAAAUAGUCGAUGUUGCUUUUAGUGACUCUACUAUUGCUACACCUUUAGCAUUUGGUUCUGGCCAUGUUGAACCUGAAAAGGCUUCUGAUCCAGGAUUGAUCUAUGACAUCACCCCAGAAGAUUACCAGAACUAUUUGUGCAGCCUAAAUUAUUCAGCUUCCGAGAUAGCCUUGUUCGCAGGGGAGGGUUUCACUUGUCCGAAAGUUCCAACUAUACAACCCGGCGACCUAAAUUACCCUUCUUUUGCAGUUAAUUUCAAACGAAGCAGCAAAAGAAAUAGUUUGACCUUCAAAAGGACCGUCACACAUGUUGGGAUUCCUAAUGUUACUUACGUAGUCCAAGGGAAUGAACCAAAUGGAGUAUCGAUGAUGAUUGAGCCAGAGAUUUUGACGUUUGCAAAGCCAGGCCAGAAGCUUAGCUACAAGAUUACUUUCACAGAAAAGAAAGGAACAAGACUCCAAGAGUCCUUCGGCUUUAUAGAUUGGGCCUACUUUAACACAUACCAUGUCAGAAGCUUCAUAGCAGUAACUUGGACAUAGUGUUGAUUGUUAGGUUUCAAGUUGGAAAAGUCAUUGAGAUGAAAUGUAGACGGUUUCUAAUCAUUCAAGUUCCAAGGAGUUGUUAUUGAAAAUCGUAC